AUGCGUGAUUCCAUCCGUAACCUGCUGAGUAUUUCACGUCUGGGAAAUCAAUACAUGCAAUCGAAUAAGCCUUGGGUGUUAGUCAAGGGUACCCCAGAAGAGAAGAGUCGUGCUGGCACCGUAGUUAGCCUUUCUGCCAACAUUGCUGCUCUCUUGUCUGUUCUGCUUGAACCUUUUAUGCCAACCACCAGCAGAAUGAUCAAAACUCAACUCAACAUAGCUGAUGAAACCUUUGUGAUCCUUGACAACAUUGCUACCUAUGUAAAACCGGGACAUAAAAUUGGGAAACCAAGUCCGCUCUUUCAAAAACUGGAAACGUCUUUAAUUCAAGAACUGAAAAAAAAAUUCAUGUCUGAGACUAUCAAGGAAAAGUCGAAGUCACCACCGCCAACUUCCUCACCCCAAGUUGGAUCUUCAGAUGUUGAAAUAGAAAAACUCAACCAAAUGGUAACAGAACAGGGAUUAAAAGUACGAGAACUCAAAAUGAACAAGGCUGAAAAAAGCGUAGUGGAUGCAGAAGUUGCCAUUUUAAUUGAACUGAAACGAAAUCUGGCUGUCAAACAAGGAAUUGAUCCAUCCACUUUGAUUGGAGGUGGGAAGAAAAAGGGGAAAAAAAAGUAA